UGCGUAGCAAACUCGCUGUUAGCAGGGUGACCGAGGCCCGCAGGGCUCAGCCAGCGCUUCUCAGAGCUGUCUGUUAAGACUAACCUCCUAGGUAGUGUGUUGGUUGUUCUCUGUAGCCGUGGAGGAGUUGUCUGAAAUCUUAUAAACCGAGCUGGUUGGAACGUGUUAUUUUCUCGAACCACAUCUUGUUAAUUUGACAGAAUAUAAUCAUUACGUCAGUCGUGUAUUGCUUCGGUAGCGAAUUUGGUGAAACAUUGGAAAACUUUUUUCCCAUACUAAUUUGAUUGACGUUUGUCGCAUAGCUUGCUAGCUUGCUGCUUGUUUCUCGCUUUGGGAAGUUUAAGGACUCCACCGUUUCCCCUAAACAAGAUUCUCAAGAGCAAAGGUCUCUGCACAUUCAGUCAAAACGGCGGAGGUCAACAUGGCCCAGUGGAACCAGUUGCAGCAGCUGGAACCCCGGUACCUGGAACAGCUGUAUCACCUGUAUAGUGAGAGUUUCCCCAUGGAGCUCCGGCAGUUUCUCGCCCCCUGGAUCGAGAGCCAGGACUGGGCCUACGCCGCCAACAAGGAGUCCCACGCCACGCUGGUGUUCCACAACCUGCUGGGGGAGAUGGACCAGCAGUACAGCCGCUUCCUGCAGGAGAACAACGUGCUGUACCAGCACAACCUGCGGCGCAUCAAGCAGCACCUGCAGAGCAAGUUCCUGGAGAAGCCCAUGGAGAUCGCCCGCAUCGUGGCCCGCUGCCUGUGGGAGGAGCAGAGGCUCCUGCAGACCGCCACUGCCGCCGCGCAGGAAGGGCAGGCCACUCACCCCUCGGGUACCGUGGUGACAGAAAAGCAGCAGAUCCUGGAACACAACCUGCAGGACGUCAGGAAGCGGGUGCAGGAUAUGGAACAAAAGAUGAAAAUGCUGGAGAACCUGCAGGAUGACUUCGACUUCAAUUACAAGACUCUGAAAAGCCAAGGAGAGCUGUCCCAGGACCUGAAUGGGAACAGCCAGGCGGCUGCCACCAGGCAGAAGAUGUCUCAGCUGGAGCAAAUGCUGACCGCCCUGGACCAGCUCCGCAGGCAAAUUGUGACUGAAAUGGCGGGGCUGCUGACGGCCAUGGACUUCGUGCAGAAGAACUUGAUGGACGAGGAGCUGGCGGAAUGGAAGAGGAGGCAACAGAUCGCCUGCAUCGGGGGACCCCCCAACAUCUGCUUGGACCGCCUAGAGACCUGGAUCACGUCUCUGGCGGAGUCCCAGCUGCAGACCCGGCAGCAGAUUAAGAAGCUGGAGGAGCUGCAGCAGAAGGUGUCCUACAAGGGGGACCCCAUCAUCCAGCACCGGCCCGUCCUGGAGGAGAAGAUCGUGGACAUCUUCAGGAACCUCAUGAAGAGCGCGUUCGUGGUGGAGCGCCAGCCCUGCAUGCCAAUGCACCCGGACAGACCGCUCGUCAUCAAGACCGGAGUGCAGUUCACCACCAAAGUCAGGUUACUGGUGAAGUUUCCAGAACUGAAUUACCAGCUGAAAAUCAAAGUGUGCAUUGAUAAGGAAUCGGGGGAUGUCGCUGCCCUGCGAGGGUCCCGUAAGUUCAACAUCCUGGGCACCAACACCAAGGUGAUGAAUAUGGAGGAGUCCAACAACGGCAGUCUGUCUGCGGAGUUCAAACACCUGACCCUGAGAGAGCAGAGAUGUGGGAACGGAGGCAGGACUAACAGUGAUGCUUCCCUCAUUGUGACGGAGGAGCUCCACCUCAUCACCUUUGAGACGGAGGUCUACCACCAAGGGCUCAAGAUGGACCUGGAGACCCACUCCCUGCCAGUGGUUGUGAUCUCCAACAUCUGUCAGAUGCCCAAUGCCUGGGCCUCCAUCCUGUGGUACAACAUGCUCACCAACCACCCCAAGAAUGUGAACUUCUUCACCAAGCCUCCGGUGGGCACCUGGGACCAGGUUGCUGAGGUGCUGAGCUGGCAGUUCUCCUCCACCACCAAGAGAGGCCUGACCAUCGACCAGCUGACCACACUGGCCGAGAAACUGCUGGGGCCGUGUGUGAACUACUCUGGAUGCCAGAUCACCUGGGCCAAGUUCUGCAAAGAGAACAUGGCUGGAAAAGGUUUCUCCUUCUGGGUGUGGUUGGAUAACAUCAUUGACUUGGUGAAGAAGUACAUCCUGGCUCUGUGGAAUGAAGGCUACAUAAUGGGGUUCAUCAGUAAGGAGCGUGAGAGGGCCAUCCUCAGCCCCAAACCACCUGGAACAUUCCUCCUGCGCUUCAGCGAGAGCAGCAAAGAGGGGGGCAUCACCUUCACCUGGGUGGAGAAGGACAUCGGCGGUAAGACACAGAUCCAGUCAGUGGAACCGUACACCAAGCAGCAGCUCAACAGCAUGUCUUUUGCUGAGAUCAUCAUGGGCUACAAGAUCAUGGACGCCACCAACAUCCUGGUGUCCCCGCUGGUCUACCUCUACCCCGAGAUCCCCAAAGAGGAGGCCUUCGGCAAAUACUGCCGCGCAGAGGCCAUGGAGCAGCCUGACCUCACUGACCCAGGUACCACGGUGCCAUAUUUGAAGACAAAGUUCAUCUGUGUUACCCCGUGCCCCUCCGUGUUCAUGGAUUUGGCGGACAGCGAGAUGUUGGGCGCAUUCUCUGGCACCAACUCUGGCAACACCAGCGACCUGUUCCCCAUGUCCCCUCGAACCCUGGACUCCCUCAUGCAUAAUGAUGGGACUGAGGCCAUCUCCGGAGCCCCCCUGGACUCCAUCACUGGAGCGGAAAUGGAUUUCAGCCAGGAAGUGGCGUCGCCGAUGUGAGGAGGCUCCGCCCGCGGAGGAAGACUAUUGGCUCGUUCUCCAGACAGGCGUUCAUUUUCAUUUCAGUCAUAACCCUAGUGGGAGAGAGGCUCAGCCACCAAUAAUAUUAUUAUUUUAUUAUUGUUAUUAUUAUUAUAUUACUAUUAUUAUUAUUGUUAUUAUUAUUAUUUUCUUAUUGGAGCAUCAGCACUUUGUUGGAGUGCCACCAUUCCAUGACACGAUUUUCAUUAAAUUUUUCUGCUGAUUGGCUGAACUGACAGGUCGGAUUUCUUUGUUUCCAGGCAGAACAGGCUGAUCUGUGUCUGCUUCUGUCAGCAGUGUUCAUCAUCUUUCUUGUACUGGUAAAAAAAAAAAAAUCCAUUAUUAAAGUAUUGUAUUUUUUAUAUAGUGAAUGUUAUUAAUAUUAUAUUAGUGUAUCAUUUAACCUUCCUUAUGUGUUUGUUUCAGGUAGGCAAUUUGUUGUAAAUGUUUCUUUUAAACAUUGUGACCUAGAAAUAGCUUUUUGUGCUACUGUGAGGGAAAUGUGUAUUUUUAUAUAUAUAUAUAUAUAUAUAUAUAUAUACUCUUGCAAAAGGCAUGCGUCAGUUUAGUUUUUUUUUUUUCUUUCUUUUUUUUCCGCUUGUGUGUGUUGUGCUAGCCAAGAGCGUGCUUAUCACUAUUUGGUUUGGGUAAUGUACACGAAGAAUUCCUGUGACAUUAUUUGACAUAACCAUUUUAGAUGUGGAAGGCGGUUUAGAUAGGAACUGUCAAUUUGUUGCGGUUAGACGUGUCAUUAUCGGCUGGGGCCGAUAAAUGUUUUAAUGACGUCUGCACCGAAUGACAAGUGACCUAGUGAGUUGACGAUGGUCCUUUUUAAAGUAGAAAAAAAAAUGUGUUCACGUUUUUCUAAUGUAAAUCAUUUUUACAGUGUAAAGAGCUUAUAGUUCCAUUUCUCCUUUUCUGAAAGCUUUCAGUGCUUGUAGUGCUAUUCGGUGCUUAGUGGUGCUUAAUAAUGGUCGCUUUACUGCAGUGCUGCAAACCUCACGCUAUAGGCUAUCUGACUCACGUGGAGUGCAGUAUGUGUCUCGAUACUGAUCGUCAUGGUUGUACAAUACCAAAGACUGAACCAUUACUUCAACGGUUAGUCCUACUAUUGUCUUGUAUACUGUGCUGUACUACACUGUACAGUGCACCUUCAGCAGUGCCUUGAAAUAAAUGAUUUCUGUUUCA